AAUUAUGGGAUUGGGAUACAUAAAAAGGCAAUCCACAAAAUAAAGAAAUCAACAUUCACAUCAGCGGAUCACCCUUUCCUAAAUGUACACUUGGAAAAUAACAAUCAUGAACAUGACCCAAACUCCCUAUAAAAACCUUUUUGACCAAACAAUACACAAUGCAAUCCACUCCUACAAAACCAAACCUCCUAGAAAGCUCCAAACAACACCCGAAAGAUCUUCAACAACACAAUAAAACUCACUCCCAAGUCCCAACAACUUCACAAACAAAGAGCAAACAUAUUACUUCUUUUAACCCUAGCUAGCUACUCACUCAUAACAAUAAUAAUAAGAAAAAUAACAUUCAUGGCUAGAUACUAUAAUGAUCAAUACUACUUCUGGGAAUAUUUCUCUUUCCCACUUCACCUAUGCUUCUUCAUGUUCAUACUCUUCUUUGUGUUGGUAUUUUCUUGGUACAUAAACUAUGAGUCCAAGUUUGAGGAUUUGCUUGUUCAGGUCAAGAUCUUGCUAGCACUUGUUCCGCUAAUCUUGUUGCUUAUUGUACACUGCCUCUCCUCCGAGUCGUUUCCGAUUCCUUUGCCGGAGGAGAGGGAGUCGUUGCACCGUGCCGGAGGGUCACCGUGGGGAGUGGCACUCUUGCUUGUGUUUCUCUUCUUCAUGAUGGCUUACCAAUCUUCUUUUCAUGAACGAUGGUUCCCCUUGGUUACUAGAUGAUUUAAGUUGCGUGGGUCAACUUUUUUAUUUUUUAAUAUUGAAUUGAUUUAUUCUUUCUUAUUAUGAAAUAAGCCUCGUACUUUAUUUUAUAACAAGGGAGAAUAAAUUAAUUCAUUAUUAA